AUGGUACCGACGCAACUCAGAGGGUGUGUUCUUAAGUAUAGUGCAGAUCGUGGUGUUGGCUUUAUCAAACCUCUUCUUCAGGGUACAACUACUAUCUGUUGUUGUGGAGGUGAUUCAUUCUUAAUUCGACCAACAGAUCAAUUUUUAUUUUCCGUUGGGGAUAUACCUGCGAAGAAUUGGUGUCAAAUGUCAUUAUCUACAGAGGUCGGUAAAAGAAGCACAAAAAUGAUUCCUCUUCUUUCCGUGGGGGACAUUUUGCUUUUUAAACUGCGGCGAGAAAAAUUUCAAACAGGUGACUUCAAAUCAGAUCCUUACAAAUCAUUUCGGUGUGUAGACGUAAGGAUAGAUGAAUCAACAUCUCAACAUUUUUCACAUUACUUGCUUGAGUCAAAGUGGUUGGAUUGGAGAAAAGAAGAAAAAAGGUUGCUUAACAUGCUUGAGGAGAUACCAAGUAAAGAGCACUUUAUUCUUGAAGGAACCCAAGUGGACUCUGUUAGCGGAAUUCCUAUCAACUUUUGA